CGAUAAGCAAAUGAAAGGAAGGGAAAAAGGAAGAAACAUACAAAAUCCGUGGCACAGCUACCCCUAAUAUAACAACAAACACUCCACCACCGCCCUCUUUCCGUCCACUUGACCACUUCAUAUUUAUCACCACCCUUAUUUUCUUGGACACACAUAUCUCUCUAUAUUUCAUGUUCAUCCAUUUGGCUUUUUGCUGCUGCCUUUGCCCUGGGAUUAAUACUAUACGGUUGUAUUCUGUCCAGAUUGUUGAUACCAAGAGUGUUCCACAAAAUUCGUACUGAACAUUGUAAUUAUGGAUUCACCGGACUUUGAUUCUCCCUGGUCAUCCCUAACCUUUGAAUCGUUAAUCAAAUCGCUUGAUGUUGAGUGUGAAGAAAGGAAUACAGGAAUGGGUAUAACUUUUAGAGAAAAAGUUACAGCGCCUUUAUGCCAGAGUUGUUCUAUACCGAGGCCACCUCCAUUGCCUGGUAAAAUGCAGAACAAAAACAAUUAUCUUAUCAAACUUCCAGGAAGAUGUCUGAAUUUCGUACCAAAGGAAACGAAGCAAACAUGGGACGACCUCUUUAAACAAGGAUAUGCAGCAGAUGUAUGUGUUGUUGCCGAAAAUGAGGCUAUCAUUCCAGCUCAUUUCAUUGUCUUGAAUGGUGCAUCACAGGUGCUGGGGAAUUUCUUAAUUAAAUCAAAAUUCAUAAAUGGUAUUAAAUACAUAAAAAUUCCUGGAGUACCUUAUGGCGCUGUUUAUGCAUUCAUACGCUUUCUCUACUCGUCCUGCUAUGAAGUGAAUGAGAUGAAGGAAUAUACACUACAUUUAUUUGUUUUAUCGCAUUGCUAUGCAGUGCCAUCACUCAAAAGAGUUUGUGAGCAGGUACUAGAGCAGGAUUAUCUCAUACCAGAGAAAGUGAUAGAUGUGCUUCAGCUAGCUCGAAAAUGUGACUCAUCACGGCUUUCUUUCAUCUGCACUCGUAUGGUUGUAAGAGACUUUAAGACCAUAUCGACCACUGAAGGAUGGAAGGCUAUGACACUUGCUAAUUCUGCACUUGAACAAGAGCUUUUAGGACUGGUUGUUGAAGCUGAUUCCAGUAAGCAAGAGAGAUUGAAGAAAGUUGAAGAGAAGAAGGUAUACUUGCAACUCGUCGAAGCAAUGGAAGCUGUAUUGCACAUUUUUCAGGAUGGGUGUAAGACAAUCGGACCCCGUGACAAAGUUCUUAAAGGAUAUGAGGUUGCUUGUAAUUUUCCAGCUUGCAAGGGGAUUGAGACUCUAGUCCGUCAUUUUUUAAGAUGCAAAACACGAGUCCCUGGUGGUUGUGCUCAGUGCAAACGCACAGGGCAGCUCCUUGAACUUCAUUCCCGCAUGUGCAGUGAUCCUGAUAAUUGCAAGGUUCCUCUUUGUAGGAACAUCAAGGAGAAAAUGUCGAGGCAGAGCAAAAAAGAUGAAACAAAGUGGAAAUUGUUGGUAAGCAAAGUGGUAGCAGCAAAGAACGCGUUAGGGCCCUUCUCCCCUCGGCAAUCCAUAUUCAUAUGACGCUGCAGUGCAUUGGAUUACUAGCUGUAUUUACAAGGAAUGCAAGUUGUGAAGGCUCCAGAGACGGAAGAUGGAUGCUUUCUAAUAUGAUAUCAAUUUCGUCUUACUGAGUGGAUAAUGAGUUCGAGUAAUAUCAUGGUAACCUAAAUCUUGCUGUAUUUUUUAGCAAUGGUUUAGAUUGGAAUAUCUAGAAUCCUGCAUGGUAUUCAGUAUUCUCACAGUAAAGUAAUAUGUUGGCAUCUUCAGUUGCAUCGUUUAGUUAUUCCUUGUUUUGUGAAACAUGUCCAGAGGACUAUAAUUUAGUAGAAUAGAAUAGUUUUGAGUAUGCGUGAAUCAGUUCUUUAUUGUUUAGCAGACCAAAACGAUAGCAAAUUGAUUUUUAGUUCUAUGGUCUACUUAUAAUUCCUGGCGGCUUGUCUCGAUCUUUGUUAGACCAAAAACGAUAGUAACGAUUGGAUUCUGAGUUAGUGGUCUAAAUUCCUUA